GGUGCCUUGUUUGAGAACACAGGCCGCCAGGCGCGACCAUGGCGCUUGUGCUUUCCCCAGCGGGCGCUGCAGUGCGUGAGUGCACUGAGCGGUGCGGCGCGGAGUUGAGAAGUUCCUCUCCGCACUUUGCCUUCAGGGAGGCCAAAGGAACAGCGGCUUGGCGCUGCCUCCCUGUCCUGGCACUGGGCGUUCUCGUCGGCAGGAGGCGGAAUACCAAGCGAUUGCGUUCGCAAUGUGCCUGCAUUCUCCGCGCGCAACCUGUGGAGCACGAGACGGACGUGGUUCUCAUCGGCAGCGGUCUGGGCAGCUUGAGCUGCGCGGCCGUAUUGGCUGCGGCGGGCAGACGUGUCACCCUGUGCGAGUCCCACUACAGGCUGGGCGGUGCUUGCCACACCUUUACCGCUGAGGUGGGCAGUGUUGGCGAAUUCCACUUCGAGUCCGGGCCAUCCUUGUACAGUGGCCUCAGUCUCACGGAGAGCCCCUCGCAGCUGAAGCACGUUCUCCAGAUCAUCGGCAAGGAGCCCGAGUGGAUUCGCUACGACCGUUGGAACGCCUUUUUGCCCGAGGGCGAGGUCAACGUCGCAGUGGGCUACCAAGAAGUGGUGAACAAGCUGCUCCCAAAGUACGGAGGCGCUGACGCCAUUGUGCAGUGGCAAAAGCUGAUGAAGGAGCUGAAGCCGAUGUCGGACGCGCUCUACAACGCCCCGCCUUUCGGUGCUUUGAGGGAUGACAACUGGGUGGCCGUCACCAUGGGACGGUUCUUCAGGCGUGUGCUGCCGAUCCUUGGGCUUCCUGGGGGCGCUGCUCGGCUGAGCCAGCCAUUCGAGGCAUUCUUGGAUGAGACGGGGGUCACAGAUGACUUUGUUCGGAAUUACUUAAGCCUCUUCAGCUUCUUGCUGCAGGGUUUGCCCAGCUAUGGGUCGCCCACCUCUAUGAUGGCUUACAUGAUGGCCGAUCUCUACCGAAAAGGCGGCACCUGCCUGGACUACCCCAAGGGCGGCUCGGAAGCCAUCGUCCAGGCUUUGAUUGACGGCAUUGAAGAGCAAAGUCCUUCAGCUGAGAUCCUGACGAAGGCGCAUGUGGAUGAAAUCCUGGUUGAGAAUGGCAGAGCCUGCGGUGUUCGGUUGUCCAACGGCACCAUCGUGCGUGCGAGUGAGGCUGUCGUGAGUGGCGCGGACAUCGGGAUCACCCAGGGCCUUGUAAAGAGCCAGGCCCCAGAGCUGGAGCAGUUCUUCCAGGAAUGGUCCGGCUUUGAGCGGCUGAACUCUUUCAUUCACAUCCACCUGGGCUUCCGGGGUGAGGGGCUCCCGGGCGAACACUGCCCAGACUUCCCGGCGCAGUGGGGCGUGGUGAACGACUGGGCGGACUUGGAGGCGCCGAGGAAUGUGGUGCUGGUGAGUGUGCCGUCCCUGCUGGAUUCCGGGUUCGCUCCGGAGGGAUUCCAUAGCCUGCACGCCUACACCCCGGCCACGGAGCCCUGGCAAGACUGGCAGGGUCUGAGCCGCAGCAGCGCUGAGUAUAAGGAAAAGAAGAAGGAGGCCGCGGACUUCCUCUACAAAGCUAUUGAGCGGCAGGUCCCGGACAUCCGCUCCAGGGUGGUUUUCGAGCAGGUGGGCACGCCGCUGACGCACGAGCGGUUCUUGCGAAAGCCAAAGGGCGCUUAUGGCUGGAGGGUGCUAGCUGGCUCAAACCUUCCGGGUCAUUCGACCCCACUACCAGGGCUCUACAUAUGUGGCGAUUCGACCUCUCCCGGCAUCGGGGUGCCAUCUGCGGCCAUGAGUGGCCACAUUUGUGCAAACAACAUCCUGUCUGUCUCGGAGCAUUGGAGCCUGCUGGAUCGUAUUCCUGAUUGGCACUAUGAGCUUGAUAUGUAGUUC